UGCAGCGGCGCAGCUGACUCGACCCACCGGACCGAACCCGUCAGUCAGUUUGCGUCUUCUCCUAUCGUCGUUCCCACGCUCCGGCUUGGACGAAUUCCUUGCCUCCUGACUUUGGUUGCGCAACCACAAUUUUACUUUUCCGUUCCAUCAUGGAUCCAUUCAGAUACCAUGACUCGAAUGAAGGACCUGUGCCUGUGGGCACUCGGAGUCUAUGUCGGAGUGAAAUGCAACUCACCAUGAAAUUGCCUGUUUCAAAUGGUUCAUGCUAUGGACGAACAUUGUCUGUCCCACUGGUGCUUCCUGAGAAACCAGGAGAUAUGAGGGAAGUUGAGAGUUCUGCAGCAAAUCACACGAUCAGAACCACGGCACAAUGUUUGAGUCCUGAUGUUCAUCUCAUCACAACACUAGUUCAACUGAAAUCCUCUAAACCAGAUGGGUUUCUUAGACCUUUAUGGCCAGGCACUUCAGCUGUCAAACCCUGCUGCAGUUUUUGUAAGAAAAACGGCGAGAGGCCGGAAGUCUACAUGGACCACAAACUGCAUGAAGUGACGGAUGAAGGGAAGAGGGUUAGCUGCCCAAUUCUUAGAAGUGUGAAAUGCCCUAUUUGUGGAGCCACAGGAGACUUCGCUCAUACAAUUUCACAUUGUCCCCAGUCUAGCAACAGAGUGUCCGUUGCCUUAAUGCUGAAAAGCACAGCGCGGCAGGGGAAUGGAAGGAAGAGAGUUGUCUAAGACUUAUCAAUUAUGCUAGUGCUAGUGAUGACACAAAAGUAGCAUGGGUUCAUACUUACUUUUGCUGUCUUACUGUAAAUUUUGUCCCAGGUACCUUUGAUUUUGUGUAUUGUAUUCAUCCUGCAGGAUACUGUUUUAAUUGUUUAAUGAACUGCACUGGCAAUAUAGCUUGAGUUCCUUGAAAACUCAGAUUUUUCUGCUUAGAAAAAUUUAUGGUGAUUGUAUUUCAGGAAACAAUUCUGUUUUUGUGAUUCCUCAAAUUGAAAUUCUGUUUUUCAGUCAUUUUAAAAACAAAUUAUUAACCUAUGAUUUAGUUUUGGUGUUCCAAAUGGUUCAAAUGGUUUGGUGAUCCAGAAUGUUCCUGAUUCGAAGGGGGAAAAUUACUGUAGGAACAGAAUUAUGUUUGUGUUCAAUAUGGAUUUGUCAACCCUCUAUCAAGUUUUCCUAAACAAUUUGGAAAAGUUUUAGUUUCUUAUCAAUUAUUUUAUCUUUAUUAUGUGAUCAAUGAUCUUUUUGUUUUAUGAUUCUCCAUGUGGCCGAGAGCUGCAGAAUUAAGAUAAUGAUAGUUUUAUAAAGUAUCCGAAGCAUAUGCUUCCACCACCUGUCAUCAUGUAGAAACAUCUUUUUGAUUCAUCAGGGUGCUACCCGCUUGUUACCUAAGGCGUGUUUUCGUUCCCAAUUUGCUUCUGUUGUGUCCUUAUGUGAAAUGAAGAUGUACGUUUUCUUUUCA